AUUAUCCGGACACUCCGUUUGCUCUCUUUCAGCAUGCAAACUCGCCGCCGUGGAGGCGUCAAGGAUGACGUCGGGGAACGCGUGAUUGAGAUCAACGACUCACCCAACGUGGACAUUCUGCAGCGACUGCCACGACGACGCCAGCAGACGGUGCGCUACAUAGAGUCCCUCGAUGCCUACAGCCAUGCACCUGCAGAGGAGGAAGAUCCGAAUUCAUCGCACGAUGAAACGGCAUCACCCUUGUACCAACAUCAUCCAAGCGCGAGGCGCACUUCGAGUCCUCCCUCGGCGGAUGAGGACGACGACGACGAUCAAGUCGACGGCGAAGUUGACGACCAAGGAUCGUCGGACAACGACCCCGACACCGCCGAAGACGAAUCGGAAUCCCCGAGUCCCGACGUAAAGCUGGAACGUCCAGAAUCGGCCCGUCAAGCGCAUGCAUCGUCCCGCCGGAACGUGCGCUCUGCUGCCGAGCCCACGCAAGACGAGAUCCGACAUUCGACAACCCGCUGACGAUUGCGAUCAUCCAUCGAGCCCGAGGAAGUUCUAGACACGAGAUACAUAACUCCAUGCUCACAUCACGUUUCAGUUCUAGACACGAGAUACAUAACUCCAUGCUCACAUCACGUUUC